AGUCGUGCGUCACAAUCAGUGAAGGUUGAUUAUUUUGCAAGGGAGCUCCUCCUAGAAUCAUUCUUGUGUGUAUGUGGGAAAUAAUGGAGAUUCUUCCUCCCACAGGACCUCCUAGUCACAUACGAAACGUGUCAUACGUGAAAUUGACGUGAUGUGUGAAUUUAUGUGAAGUGACUGCGGAAUUAGCAACAUCACUCGUUACGAAUCAUGAUGUCUCUAAUAUCUUGGGGCGGCUUUAUCAAUUUUCACACACAGCGCUCUCAUCCAGUUCUCAAUAGUUGUUGGGGGGAUCCUCCGCCGCCGUGCACAUAUUACGGAGACUUUUCUAUCAAAGCAAAAAGCCUUGAACUUGAUCAUCUUGCGCGCGCGAGGAAGCAUGAUUUGUUGAGAUAGAGCAAAACUCGCUAUUCAAGAUCUUUUCUCAUCACAACACUAUAUAUGCUAAAUAGACAUCAAUUAACAGAUGAAUGACCCCAGACCAGACUAAUUUUUUUGGUGCCCACCUAUUUUUUAUGUGAUUCAACAUGUCUGUUAUGCAAAUUACUUUUUUUUUUCAAUUUGUUAUAAAUAAUCACAAGAACUAAAGUGCCUCUACAGCACACAAAUACAUCUCUGCGUAACGUAUUGAUGUGUUGAAAGCAAUUUUGCCGGCAAGUUUAGUCAAAUCCCCGAUUUACCACACCAGUUUUGUAAGAAACAAUACAAACAGAAUGAAAAACUUAUCAAUACAGUGAUGUGAAGAUCGCAUAUUGAAUGCUACUCUGCUAUAAAAGUGGCGGCAGUAGUUAGUCUACCCCUCAGUAUCAAAAUAUCAUUCAAGUGAAUCGCUGUCUCUGUAAGUUGUACAAAAGAAAAAGUUGAUAAAAUCAUGAAAAUCACUGUGAUUUUAUUCACGGGAUUUACAAUUGCCCUCGUGAGUAGUGCUGUGCUCAAGAAAAAUGGUGAAACUAUUGAAGAAGAAGAAGUAAGAGCUGAGCAACGACUUAGAGAGAUCAAUGAAGAACUUGAUCGUAGGAAGAAUAUCAAUACUGUAGCCGCUUGGGCUUAUGCAUCCAACAUUACUGAGGUCAAUCUCAAGAACAUGAACGAUGUGUCGGUUGAAACCGCGAAAUACUACAAGGAACUUGCAUCUGAAUUGAAGGGAUUCAAUGCCAAGGAAUACAAGAGCGAGGAUCUGAAGAGACAAAUUAAGAAGCUAAGCAAGUUGGGUUAUAGUGCUUUACCAUCUGAGAAGUAUAAGGAGCUUUUGGAAGCUAUCACAUGGAUGGAAUCGAAUUAUGCAAAAGUGAAAGUUUGCUCAUACAAGGACCCAAAGAAAUGUGAUUUAGCACUUGAACCUGAAAUUACGGAAAUCCUUAUUAAAAGUCGAGAUCCUGAGGAACUCAAAUAUUAUUGGAAACAAUGGUACGACAAAGCUGGCACACCAACUCGAGAAAGUUUUAAUAAAUAUGUACAACUAAAUCGUGAAGCAGCGAAAUUGGAUGGAUUUUAUUCGGGUGCAGAAUCAUGGCUUGAUGAAUAUGAAGAUGAGACAUUUGAGAAACAACUUGAGGAUAUCUUCGCACAAAUUCGCCCACUGUACGAGCAACUCCAUGCUUAUGUUAGAUUCAAGCUGAGGGAAAAGUAUGGAAAUGACGUUGUUUCGGAGAAAGGUCCCAUUCCAAUGCAUCUCUUGGGGAACAUGUGGGGUCAAACGUGGAGUGAAGUUGCCCCAAUUUUAGUCCCAUACCCCGAAAAGAAGCUCCUCGAUGUUACCGAUGAGAUGGUUAAGCAGGGAUACACACCAAUUUCUAUGUUUGAAAAAGGAGACGAAUUUUUCCAAAGUUUGAAUAUGACGAAACUUCCAAAAACCUUCUGGGAGUACAGUAUUUUGGAAAAACCUCAAGAUGGUAGAGAAUUGAUCUGCCAUGCAAGUGCAUGGGACUUUUAUACAAAGGAUGAUGUAAGGAUUAAACAAUGUACCAGAGUUACAAUGGAUCAAUUCUUCACGGCUCAUCAUGAGCUUGGUCACAUUCAAUAUUAUUUGCAAUAUCAACAUUUGCCGAGUGUUUACAGAGAAGGUGCCAAUCCAGGCUUUCACGAGGCUGUUGGGGAUGUUCUCUCUCUUUCGGUAUCAAGUCCUAAACAUUUGGAAAAAGUGGGUUUGCUCAAAGACUUCAAAUUUGAUGAAGAAUCCCAGAUAAAUCAACUUCUAAAUUUAGCUCUGGAUAAAAUGGCAUUCCUCCCAUUUGCCUAUACCAUCGAUAAAUAUCGCUGGGGUGUGUUUCGGGGUGAAAUUCCGCCAUCUGAGUACAAUUGCAAAUUUUGGGAAAUGCGUUCCUACUAUGGCGGUAUAGAACCACCGAUUACACGUUCUGAGAAUGAUUUUGAUCCACCAGCAAAAUAUCAUAUUUCAUCGGAUGUUGAGUACCUGAGGUAUUUGGUUUCCUUCAUUAUUCAGUUCCAAUUCCAUCAAGCUGUGUGCCAAAAGGCUGGUCAGUUCGUACCGAAUGAUCCGGAGAAGACUCUUCUGAAUUGUGACAUCUACCAGAGUGCUGAGGCUGGUAAUGCCUUCAAAGAAAUGCUCAAAUUGGGAUCCUCAAAACCAUGGCCAGAUGCAAUGGAAAUUCUUACGGGGCAAAGGAAAAUGGAUGCUUCAGCAUUAAUUGAGUACUUCCGUCCGCUUAGUGAGUGGUUGCAGAAGAAGAAUAAGGAACUUGGAGCUUAUGUUGGUUGGGACAAAUCUACUAAGUGUGUCAAAAACGUCAGUUAAUUCUUUGUGAGCCCUAAAAAAAUAUUCAUAACAUUUCAAUAUGACAAAAUAUAUGAUUUUCGUAAAAACUAAA